UCCCCACACUCAAACUUCAGGUACAGCACUUAACAUCUCCUUUACCUUGGGCCCUCAGUCAUGCAAAUACGCAGGAUCGACGUAUCUCUGCGUCUACGCCGUGCCAUCCUCCUCAACGACCUCUCGCUCGUGAAGCGCAUAAUCCGCAAUAACCCUAAAUUUCUCCGCAAUCCAGACUGGGCAGACAAAAGCAACACGUCUCUGCACCUAGCGGCGCGCAGCGGCUUCACGCUUAUCGCGCAGUUUCUCAUUGAUCAGGGCCAUGAAGAGGGCAUGAUAAGCCGGAACAAUGAAUUCGAGACGCCGCUUAUGCUCGCUGCUAUGGCGGGCAAGGAAGACGUAGGCGUUAUGCUGGCCAAGCGGUUUCCAGAAUGUAUUACGUGGCGGAAUAAAGGGGGCGUUGACGCUCUCAUGCUUUCGUCGGCCUCUGGCUCGGGCACGCUACACUUGAUCCCUACGCUCAUCCUCCACGGCCCUACUAUCCUCACCGCGGCUGAUCACUCGGGCAAUACGGCGCUACAUCAUGCUUCUGCAGCGGGGGAGCUAAAAGCUCUCAGAUUGCUGCUACAGUACGGUGCUAAUCCGCUCGCUUCCAAUGCGUAUAGUUGGACGCCGGUGCAUUACUCGGCCACGAGCGCGGCGGAAGCGUACUUCAAGACGCUGAUUAUUGAAUUUGAGAAGAAGAAGGCGGAGGGGAAGAGGGCAGUUGCAGAGCGCGAACGUCAGCGCAAUGCAGGAGUGAGACUGGUUACGGAUCAGGAGGGCUUGGCUGGUGGUGUAGAUAGUGGAGGCGGUCCUAGUACUGGUGCAGUGGGCUCGGCGAAUAGUGGUAGUGUUGGUCUUCGUGGCAGUGGAGGGUGGGUGGGUGAGCGGCAGAGGGCGAGAGAUGAUGCGGCGAUUGCAGGUCUGCCGGCUCCUGGCAUGGAAUGGAGUCCUGUAGAGAAGAGAAGGGCUAUGACGCCGACUGAGGGCAGGGGCUGGACGUUUACACCAGAGGGUAUGCGGCCAAGGGCCGAGACGGGCGAGUCCAUAUGAAUGUUUCAACGGCGUUGAAGGGGGCUGGUCUCUGCAUCUCAGAUUUUGCUGGUUUCUGGGAGCAAAGUAUAUACCGAGCAUGGAGUCUGGUGUCUAGUAUAUCGAAUUAUAGUAUACUCUACGUUGUAUCUAAGUCUACUUUCAUCCCUUGAGACACUUGAAAAUUGCACAAACAAUUGAUGAUUUACAUAGCAC